AUGGGUGUUCCAUUCGAAGCUCUGCUGCCUUACGGCAUCUGUCUUGCCAUCAGAAACAUCCAGAACGGCGGCAAGCGUGCCAGACACUCGGUCGACCAGUGGGACAGACAAAUGAUGGACCGCGACCGUCGCCUGACCGGCUGGCUCAGAGGCCAAGUCGACCGCCCCAUUGCCCCCGCUGGCUUCGAAUACAGCAAUGGAUGGAGAGUCGAGAAGAACUUGCACUAG